GCGUUCUAGUCCAUGAACCCCUAUUCAUUUAAACGAUUUCUUCAGAAUCCAGAACGUCGUAGGCACCCAGUUCAACUGGUCCGCUCAGAUGCCAACAGUGUUAUUGUUCAAGGAGAUCUUCCUGACUGUGUACAGAAUCAGCACACUGCUUUAUCUUCGCCAACACCUGAUAUAAACCCGUCACAUGUACAGCCGGCAGAGACGAUCUCAACUACUAGCUUGGGGUUUUCAAGCGCGAUUCACAGGUCACCUCAGGAAAUUCUUGGCACAUCAGCCUUCACGCAAACUUCUCACCCGAGUGAAGUUACCGCCCCACAAAGAGGUGUGACUUCCCCAUCUACUGCGCCUUUACCUGAUGUACACCCCAGCAAUUUUGUUGAGGAUUUGCCUCCCCUAGUGCGUUGCACCUCUCAUAGUGCUUGGACUACUCAUACUCUUGAUAUUUUAUCCGGUGGUCUGCCAGAUUUUAUUUCUGAUGAACGCCAAGAAAACCGCGAACAACUGUUCUCAGAAGCAGAAUCUUCACGAUAUCAGUUUCCAGUGAUUUCUCCCAACACACCUUUCUUCGAUAGUUCUUCACACAGCUCUUCCUUACCAUUACUACCAGUGGAGGAGACAUCCACGGUAGGUAGUGGCAACCAAUUUUUAUGUCGUUCGCAUGAGCACUUGCUGGAACCACCUUCCUCCCCAUCACAACCCGGAAUUACUCAGCUACUCCGUAACGAGCCUGCCGCUACCUUGAACGGGGUCACUAACGUUCCUGACGCUACCGAUGGCUUUUCAGUAUUACCCCAACCAGAUGUUCCAGUGAUCGGACCCGAACAGCAUCGGUAUAUCAUCAAUUCAGUAACAUCUCGUCAAAGUGAACUGGAGAAAGAAUUGGACCAAACCAGGAGGUUACUUAUAGAGCGCGAUAGAGAACUUAUUACAGUUCGGGCACAGACCGAAGUCCUGUUGCGAGAGGCGGAGCUACGAAUAAAGUCGUUGGAACACGAUUUGGCUAAGGAGAAGCUUCGCUCAGCACGAGGACACUGGGCCUUUGUUCAAUUGCGAAACCAUUUCUCAGUCAACGGUGAAGGUGUCCCCACGAAUCUCCGACUGCCUGUCACAACCGAUUCUUACGCAGAGGUGGACGAGGCCGUACCCGUUCCUGACAGCUUCAAUGUUAUGUUAUCUGGAUGUUGUACAACGGAUCCUGGACGCCCACGCUCUCCUACAGAAAUACCGAUAGCUGCGGACCGGCAGGAGCCUGGCGGGAUAGCGGAGGGUGAUGUGCUGACGUCUCUAAUGCGUUACGCCGAACCGCUGGCCACCGAAAACGAACAAUUCCAAACGGAAUCAGUGCAUGAACCGGAUAAUAUUGAGGAAGGUGUUCAUCGAGAUGUCCACCCGAUGUAAACUUUACCUUAAGGUGUAAGGACCGGCGAUUUACCAUGCCUCCUCCAUUUCACAGAAUUUAAGUAACCCAAUCCUUUGCCAUGUAAACGACAGAAGCAACUGUGAUAAAAAACAUUACCUGUUGGUCCCGACUUAAAACAGAACUUUUGAAAUUGUUUUUCCUCAUUCACCUAUAUUGUUGUGAUGAGAAUUGCG